CACUUCAUCUGGCGGCUGAAGUAAACAAUAUUAUCAACUGCUCAGGGAUGAGAACAUGGAACGGUUGCUUCAUGUGAACUUCCACUCGUACAAGAGCUUCGACAUGAACUUGUCAGAUGAUCCGAGAGGAGGAGGGCUGUUUCCACAGCAGACGCCUUGGAAUCCGGAUAUGAUGAAAAUGUUUGAGACGCACUGAUUUGAAAAAAAAAAAAAAAAAAAAAGUCGCACGACGUCCGAAACUUCUGCGCCACAACACAGCAACUUCCCCAGUGCAGACGGACUUUGAGGAACUUGGGUGGGUUUGCUUUCUAACGGCAGCGCGGAGGAGCUAACGAGCAGAUGGAGACGCUGUAGACUGGACAUGUCGGAAAGGUAACGCCAUUUCCGUGCUUGUGAAAAGUGGAUUCAUCCAGGUGGAAGUGAGUGGGUCGGCUCCCGGCGCUGUGUAUGUGACGGUUUGUGAGGAGCUCAGAGGAGUGAGGGCACGGUGGUGGGACUAGCUGUUCUGAGGGAUUGAAGGACCAGGGUCUUCAUGUCCUCGGAGGCUCCUGACCCGCCUGCUGAUGCAGGGCAGAGCGGGGACCCUCGGCCGGAGACCCCGCUGCUGCCAGACGAUGUCCGUGACAAUGGACCAUCAGGAAAAACACUGUCGCCACAGAGUCCAGCAACAGACGGACCGAGUCAUGUGACCAAGGAGAAGCUUAAUAAUUGCAACCCUGUUCGAACUCAACCCCAUCGCAUCUCUCAUUCUACGGACCAAGAACACCCGGCAAACGACCAAAAUGGAAUCCACCUCAAAUCCCCAGUCUCAUCUGGGAUGAGCAGCUCCAAUGGAACCCACCCAGCCAUUGGUGCCACUGGUGCCACAUGCACAUGCCAAUGUGGCGCCACAUCUGCUCCCAUCGCGGAUCUGAAAGUGCCUGCAACAGUAGAGCAACCCAAGAAGCAUCCGUCCACGCCGGUGUCCCAGAGGAUGCAGAGGAAGUUGCGGUCCAGCCUGUCGGUCAACAGUGACAGCAGCCGGCGCAGCAAAGGCAGUUCCACCGGCUCACAGAAACCUCCACUGCCAGAGGACUGCUGUGUCCACUGCAUCCUGGCCUGCCUCUUCUGUGAGUUCCUGGCGUUGUGCAACAUGGUGGUGACGCAGGCGUCGUGUGGCACGUGCACCCCGGAAGCGUGCUGCUGCUGCUGCAGCGAGGAAGUGGGCGACGACUGCAACUGCCCAUGCGACAUGGACUGUGGCAUCAUGGAUGCCUGCUGCGAGUCGUCCGACUGCCUGGAAAUCUGUAUGGAGUGCUGCGGCAUCUGCUUCCCAACAUAAAGGAGGGGGCGGGGCUUGUUCUGGGGCGACAUAUAUAGAUUAUCCUCCUUUUUUGUGAUACAUGUGAAGCAUCCCACAACUGAUUGUGAUGUCUUUCCUUCUUCAAAGUAUUAUUCGUCGUCAGUGUUUUAGUAUUCUGAUGUGGUCGCGCUUUGCUUAGGUAAAGCAAGUAUCUAAAUAACAGUUCAGAAGUACAGAUUUUAAUAGUCUUUUUUUUUGUUGGUUGAUUACAAUACUAGAGAUGCUAACUGUUAGCUGUCCUUUCAACAGCAACCUCCGUCACUGCUGCUGCCGCCACCACAUAGGAUUAGUUAUCCAUACAGUAUUUAAAAGACGACGCCACUAUUUAGUGUCACCUGUUCUGAAGCAUAAACUCCCGCUGACCGUCAUCAAAAAGGUCCUCCAAAUAAAUGAAGACCCCUGAAGGAUGCUCCAAAAUGAGGAGGUCAAUUGUAGCCACAUAUCUUUUCUCCACUCCUCUCUACUGUUUGGUGAGUCAGCUCUUUGGGUUCCAGAAAAAUCCUCAUGGGGGUUGUGUUGAUGUUGAAACUCAUGUUCAAAAGAAAAAAAAAUACUACAGUAUCUGUCACUGUGGCAAAACAGUUUAUUAUUACCCCACUGAUGCAUCCUACCUCUGUCAACACGAGGUAAAAAAAACACUAAAUGAGUGACAAAAUUUUCCUUUUAUCGUAUAAAUAAUUUGACAAAUGGUAAACUAAACUGAAACUGGGAGAAUUAAUGUUGAGAAUUCAUGUCCAUUCUGAUGGACUCACUUGGUGAGACAUCUGUGAAGAAGUACACUGUGCUUCAUGUAUGUCUUUUGUGGCUGUGUUCUCUUGGUUAGUCUGUAGUUCAAUGCAAAGUGCUGAUAUUUAAUCGCUUGUUCAGGAAACAUGUUUUCAUCUCUUCUGUCCAAUGGACAACUGUUAUGCAUUCAGUCAGGUAGGCCAAUGUUUUUACACUUCCGAACCACAUUCCAAAAGUAUUAUAUUUUUAGAGAUUUCAGUAUGUUUUCUCUGAGUUUGUUGGUAAACUUAACUGGACGCAGAGAGAAUAGUCAAAGGAUUUCAUCUCAUUCCUGAAUUUACUGGAGACACUGCACUUUUUUGGCUGAUCGGAAUUCUGUUAAACUGAAUGACAUUCCAGAUGAGUCAUGCAAUGUCGUCUUAUUGCAAGAGAAGAGGUGAGGAGUCACAAAACAUAGAUCAAAGAAAGUGUUUUUAAGUGCUGAACAGUAAUUUUAGCUUCCUAUUUAUCUUUUGUCAUUUCCGAGCAUCUCUCAUGUGUUGACAGAACCACACCGCAGAAGCCAAACCAGAAAGGUCAUCCUUGUGUCUACAUUUGAUAAAAACCAUGUGCAAAAAGUGUCAGAAAUACUUUAUAUAGAUAAUGUGAAGAAUCUAACUUGUAAAACAUCUUCAUCCUCUCGAUGCUCCUUUCUUUGGUUUGCUGUUUAUUUUGUGAAAUAAAAAACAUUUGACUUGGUGUCUUUGUUGUUUGUUUUGUUGCCA